GCGCGAUGGCGGCGGCGAUGGCCGCGGCGCUGAGGGAGUGCGCGGCGGCGCUGGCGCGGCAGGACGCGGGCUGGCGAGGGGCCGUGGCGGCCUGGGCUCCGCUGCUGGGCUCGCUGGCCGGGCUGGCGGCGCAGAUGCGGGCGGUGAGGCGGCUGCCGUGGGGAGAAACGCCGCUGGGAGCCUUCGGGGACCUGCGGGAGCGGCUGUGGCGGAAACAGCGCGGAGCGGCCGAGGCGCUGCUGGAACAGCUCAGCGGCCGGCGCGGGUGUGAAGGUACCUGGAGAGCAAACUUCUCCUCCUCCGUGUCAGCUGUGACAGCCUGGCAGACCUGGAAGCCCUCCCACAGUCUUGGGAGAGGAUUUUGGAGCGCUACAAGGAAGACAUUGUCCAAGAUGCACUUCUUAAGGUCUCUCUGUUUGUGGACAACCAACGAGAGCUGUGCUGCUCACCAGGCUCCUGACAGAGAACAGGAAGGACUGAUGCUGACCAGCUUCUACGAGCCUCUGCUGUGUUCUGAGGUGACUACAGAGAGGAUGAUGAAUUGAGGAAGCUUGACUGGUGCUUUUUGGAAGCUGGAUGCCUUGGGUAAUUGCCCUCAGCAGGAAAUGCUUGAACUGUUUAAUUUACCAGUGGAAGAGACUUGGUGCCUGAAGAAGAUGCUGAGCUGAACAAGCCAUGAAGACAGAAGGGAGUUAUCUUCAGCUAUGAAGUUACCCUUUCUUUUGCCUGCUGUGGAUGUUUUGUAUACUGAAAACAUGUUGGGAGUUCCUGACAUGAGGUGUGCCUCAAAGAAGUGAGUGUGGCAUAGGAUACCCUGUGAGAAAAGUGUUUAGCUGCAGUCCUUACAAACAAAUCAAAGAUGUCAAAUCAGGGCUUAGAAACAGUUUGCACCUCGUGCCUCUGAGCAGUGGGUUUGCUUUCAUCCCACUUGUACAUUGAAGAGGAAGGAGCAAAUUUGGCUUGAAAAUGUAAUUGUGGAGGUGCACAAACACCUGGGUUCUGGCACAGGCACUUUUCAAGUGUGCUCCUCUCAUAUCUGCUGGGACAUGCUUAAAUCACUUCAGACUCCACACUGUGUGGCAACAGCAGCUGCUGCCACCUUCUGUGGAUUGUGACACUGAUCCUCUGACAUUCUCAGAAGGUGUUGGGAUGCCUGUCCCUAAACAAGAUAGUGGGUAAGAAAUUGCUUCCCAGAGAAAGCCAAAUAAAG